AUGGACACUGCAGGAAAGACAAUCACAUGCCGGGCAGCCAUUGCCUGGAAAGAAAAGUCUCCUCUUAAAAUUGAAGAAGUGCAGGUUGAGCCACCGAAAUCUGGAGAAGUUCGCAUUAAGAUGGCUUCUACAGGGAUCUGUGGUACCGAUGACCAUGUGCUGAAAGGAGACCUCUCGUUGAAAUACCCUUUAAUUCCGGGUCAUGAGGGAGCAGGAAUUGUGGAAUCUGUCGGCGAUGGGGUUUGCUCUGUGAAACCAGGAGAUAAAGUCCUCACGCUCAUUGUUCCACAGUGUGGAGAAUGUGAUGCCUGCUUGCACUGCUUAGGAAACUUCUGUGACAAACAAGAUAUUCUCCCGUGUUCCGGGGUAAUGAUGGAUGGGACCUCGAGAUUUUCCUACCGAGGACAGACGGUUUAUCAUUCCUUCCGCACGAGCACAUUCACCGAGUACACUGUUGUGCCCGAGUUCGCUGUGGUAAAAAUUGAUGAUGCAGCUCCGUUGGAUGAAGUUUGUCUCAUAAGCUGUGGCGUCCCUACAGGCUAUGGAGCUGCUGUUAACUCAGCCAAGGUCACCCCUGGCUCCACCUGCGUGGUUUUUGGACUCGGAGGGGUCGGCUCAGCCAUUGUCAUGGGCUGCAAAGCUUCUGGUGCUUCUAGAAUCAUCGGGGUUGACAUCAAUGAGCAGAAGUUUCCCCGGGCAAGAGCCUUGGGUGUCACUGAUUGUCUCAACCCUACAAAGCUGCAGAAGCCUGUCCAGGAGGUGGUGAUGGAAAUGACGGGUGUCGGUGCUAACUUUGCCUUUGAGGCCGUUGGAAAGAUUGAAACCAUGCUCGCUGCUUGGAACUCCUGCAACAGCAGCUACGGGGUCUGUCUGAUCGUCGGGGUGGCUCCAGUAAAUGCACAGCUGUGCCUUCAGGCGGUCCCGAUUGUGUCUGGAAAAACCCUGAAGGGCGUGUGUCUGGGAGAUUAUAAGACCAAAGACUGUAUUCCCCAGCUAGUAACUGACUAUCUCCAAAACAAGAUUAACAUUGAUCCACUAGUGACUCAUCAGCUGCCUUUUGACGAACUCCACAAAGCCAUGAAACUGUAUUAUAAAGGAAAAACCAUCCGCUGUGUUCUACUUUUCUGAGAUCUCAAUGUUGAAAGUGCAAGAGCAUCCCGAAUGGCUUUCCUUCCUUUCCUGUUUCAACUCUGAUUAUCCCCGAGCUGCCGGAAGAGACGGUGCAUCAGUGGCAGGAAGACAGUGUAGCUGUAUAUCGUGAAAUGAGGGCCUCUUUGCCAUACUGAUAAUAAAAUAAGUUGGAAAAACUGGUGUGCAGCUCACACUGUGACCUUAAAAAGAGAAGUGAUUGCAUUUGAUUCGUGAUAGUAUUGAUUAUGUCCACAACCCAUCUGAUCACUGCCAUAAGUUCAUGAAAGCUGUCUCUGUGUUCACAUGUUCCAGAUGCUUUCAUCUGUGUAGAUCUCCCUGCGUCUUCCACACCAUUCUUGAGCUGACAUAAUGAUCCUUUGCUUUCCCAACAUGCUGUGGUGAAGUCAUCAAUGAAAGGCCCCCUCAGAUGCAGCGAGCCAUUUUCUGUCCUUCAGGAUUUAUGCCAACCAUUGCUCUUACUCAUGAAGUAGUGAGGCAUGGCUCCUAGUUGCAUAUUUGGAAAAAUUUUACAACUUAGAACCCAAGGAGAAGGUAGAGGAUCUUCCCAGAGAAGCUUGGUCACAUCCCUAGCACCCUACCUCCUAAUUCCACCAAGCAUUUUCUCAUCCACAACUUUAAUGUAGUCUUCUCAUUUAAAGCUGAGAGACAGAGGAGAGGGAAUGAGGCUUAGCUCUUCUUAUUCUUGACUUUUCCCUCAUGCUUUAUACUCUUACCUUUGGGUUUUGAAACAUGAGGAAAAUUCUUUCAUAUUCUCCUUCACUCUGUUCUGAUCCUGCUAGUUUUUAACUGGAAUCCACCACUUCGUAGAGAAAGGGAAUUAUGCAUGCUACUGCAUUCUUAAGUUUUCAAAACACUGUUUAAAUUGCAUUUUUUCUUUGUUUCUAAAUUUUAAAAAUUAGUCUUAAAAGUACUAAAAUGAUCUUUCAAAAGAGGCAUCUAAAUGUGUUCCUAAUUUUGUUUCUGGGCUUAGAUUUUUCUAAUCAAUUUUUUAAAAGCUGGUGACAAAUCUGAUUGAAUAAUAAUGGGGAAAAUGUUGGUGAUGUAAAACAAAUAUGUAUGGAAGAUAUUAUGUAUUCUAUAAAAAUGGUAAUAGAUGAAUGCCUUAAUAUGUAAAGAAUGUUUAUAAAUUAAUAAAUAUAUGAUAAAUAUUCCAGUAGAAAAUUAACUUGCCAGAAACAAG